AGCUAGUUAAACAAGUGAUGUCAUUACAAAUCAGCUAUUCAGAUAAUUUAGUGUGCCGAGGUCGAGGCCUCAAGAGAGGCAGCGAUGAGAGUAUUUGCCAACGUGCCCGCCGCUGGGUCCGGACUCAGUCCAGACGCCGGCUGUGGCCCUUCUCACGACGGAACCCAAAGAGCUCAACCUAUGUUAAAAAGGAGCAGCAGCUGCUUGAGGAAGACCCCAUGAGCCACACCACCAAGCGCCAGGGCAGGCGUGAAGUACGUGUGGCCACCUGGGGGUGUGGGGAGCCAAGGCCCGUGGAUGGACAACCAGGGACUCUUCCACCGAAUAUGCCCAGGUUCUUCGGGCCUGUAACCCCGAAGCAGCCCAGGUUCCCUAGGCCUCCAAGUCCAAAGCAGCCCUGGUUCAACCGGCAGCUCACAAUUUUCACCAGGGACCUGGAUUACAGUGCCCAUGUCAACCAGACUGGCCCGGAACACCUGGAGGCCAAAGAGGCAGAGCCCAAGGGUGAGAAGCUGGGGAAAGUGAGGGUGGGAUUGGGGUGGAGCUGCAUGGGAGCUUAUGGGGAGGGAUUGUUGCCAGAUACACAGGGAGCACCCCAGAGCCUGGAGAAGAACAAAGAACACCCAUCUGUUGGACUGCGGGUUGGGAGACGUCCUGUGGUGGGUCCUGGGCUCUAG